GAUUGAAAACAAAAAUGGCGUUCGAGUUUGUUGUGAUUGCGUGAGUGCAUGCUCCGAGCAAAGUAUUUUUGCAAAAUAAUGGCAUUUUUCGAUGGGUUUUAAGUGAAUUGGCACCGUAAAAGAUAGCGCGAAUGUACGAGGAAUAUGAAGAGAAAAUUAAAUGCAUUGGAGCUGCGCCGGCAGCAGGAGACGGGAAAACAGCAUGAGGACAGAGGCAGCGAGCAUGAGUCUCCCAGCAAAAAGAGAUCACCAUCGAAGAGAACUGCUGGCGGAGGAAGUCCGAAAAGGGCCAGGAUUACGAGGGGCUAUGGAGCAACGCCCCGGAAGGAAGAUCCCCGAGAGCAUCAGGACCUGAACCGGGAGGAAAUUGCUCUCAUGUUUAUGGAGGUAUCGGAAAAGAUCGACCGUUGCUUCGACUUUGAUCUGCAAAAAUGGCUAAGCCGUUACGAGGGACUUCGGGCGAAAGAGGAAACCAACUUCCCGGAGGCCGCCAUGCUAGUGAUGAGUGCUGCCCAGAUCUACGGUCGGAAGGUGGACUACUUGGAGGAGAUCAUUCUGCACAUGGAUCAAGAUCAGAAGGGACGGGAUGAAGGGGCAGAAGACGAUCGUCCGAAGGAGGAUAAACCGACAGGGGGCAGGAAGCGUGCAGCUCGUUUCCAGCCACAAUCGCUGUCGGAUUGUUUCGGGGACUUGGAAUUUUCCGUCGUGGACGGAAAGAAGGUCCCGAUCGAAUCCCUGGUGACAAGUGUGGACAGAGUGGCCAUCGAUCAGCGGAACAAGUUCCAACAAAUGCAAGAACUAUGCAAUGAACUGAGAAGCAUGCCAAGUAAACAGCGCAAGCAGGAGAUCUUGAAUCGACUUCGGGACGAAGCAAGUAUUCCCCCGAUUAUGUCCAGUCACACCGCGGCCAGGAAGAACCAGAUUCUGGACUUGGAAUCGGGAGAAACGAUCGGAACUCGAUACGAUUUCCAGAUCUAUUUGAACUUCAUUGAUGUGAAAACGGGCUCGCUUAUGCCGGAACACGAUUUGAGGAAAUUUUUCCAGCGCUGUGAUGUAAUUGAUUAUCUGUACGAGCAGCAUGAAUACGAGAAUAAGGGAAAAGGAGGAUCAUCGGUAUUCCCACUGAAGCCACGGGAAUUCAAGAUCUACAUGCCUCCGGAUUAUCUGCGGAACAAGUAUCGAAUCGAGAUCGAUGAUACCGCCGAUUUUGAUAACGAACUGCACAAGGCAAAGAGUAGCAACUACCGGAAAGAUCCUAUUCUGGAACUUAUGCAGAGUAAAUUUGCGGAUCAAGGAAUAGAUACGGAGCAUUGGGCUACGGCAGAACAGAAUUCCGAGGAAGAAGUUUCUUUUUCCAAUGUAAUGUCUUCAACAGCGAUCGAUCCUAACGCGAAUGUGAUUUCUCAAGAGUCCGAAUCAACGCCCUUUGAAGACAACGGAUCUUUCGAGGACAACCAAACCUCAGAUCAAACCAGCGCUUCUUCAUCUCCUGAUGACUCGGCUUCAACCCCAAAUCAGAACCACUCACAAUCAUCGAUCAUAAUCUCGAUCAUCUCCGAAUGCAAUCGGGAAGACUUUCCCAAGUCGAAAGAAUCGUCACCCGAACCUGAACUGAUGGCCCUGGAGAACCAACCCGCCACAGAUGGAUUCACUGUCCCUUUCGGUCCAGAAAAUGAUCCCAACCUACAAAAACAGUGCCCUUCCCGGCUCAGCCUGGAAGAUGAAGGCAUCGGUGCGGAUCGAGAAUCGCUUGGCAAACAAACCCCUUCCGAUAUGAUGCGAUCGCCUUCGUUGGACAAACUCAGCGACGAGGGCGUAGUUGCUUCGGCUUCCAAUGGUCCAAUGUUUGGCAGUGGUCAGGUCAUACCGAGUGAUAACCCGUUGCGAACCAUUUCGCUGAAACCGGCCCUGCUCGAACGCAAUCUGUUCAAGAUACCCGAGUGUCAUCUGAGGAAGCAUCUACUGUUCUCGCUUCCUCUAGAGUACAAGCGGCUCAAGAUGGACGUGGUACGCAAAGCCAGCGAUCGGACAAAGGACAUAUUCACUCUGGAGGUAUACAGUUUGAGUCCACGUGCGCCGAAGAAUCCCGAAUGGGUGAGGCGUGCUUCGACCCCGGAAUUGGAGGAUUUCCACGGUUUCGACGAAUAUGCGGAUAUCCUCCAGAGUCCGCACAGCAAGUGUCUGUACAGCCUGGCCCCGCUAAGUGAUGGCCAGCAGUCUAACGUGUCCCGGCCUGCCUCGCCGGAAGACGACUUCUUCGGGUUUGAAAACGACGAGCCAACGCUUGGCCUAGCCAGUGAUGAGAUUGUUCGUGGGUCUCACCUAAACGGUGGCCUUUGCAGUGGACAGAAUGAAGUGUCUGCAGUGCAGAAGGAAUCGGGUGUAGUGGAACCUACCCCAGAUGGAGAGCAAUCAGCUGCUGCUCAAUUGGAAAAGCCUCAGUCUGAGUCACAGCAAUCGACCCCGACGCGAACCAUGUCACGCGAUUCAGGAAUUUCAGACGAUCAGAACGAUCAGUCGGUGUUACGACAGAGUCGGUCAAAGGAAGGCACACCUGAGCCAACAGAUCAAACGCCCGAAGUGACUGAUCUACCACAACCUGACGACGAAAGUUCGGCUCUGACCAGUGCCAAGUACAUCCAAAGUGUGGCAGAAGCGAAGGAGCUGAUUGAAAAGGUGAACAAUUGGCACCGGAAGUUGAAACCGAUUCUGAUCCAAUCGGAGAGAAGGAAUCAUUUCGACAUCCAUGCUUACGGUACCGAGAUUAUCGAAUCGUUCGGGCCUGAAGAAGUGACGGAGGAAGUGUCAGUGAUAAACUUCGCCCAAGUCAUGGAGAACAAAACGGAGGACUUUACGGCGCGAUACUUCCUGUCGAUGCUGAUGUUGGCCAACACGAACAACGUGCAGAUCGUGACGCGGAACCAUGACCCGCAGCGAUUGACACCCAAGGAGGAUAUCGAGUUGAGGUUGCUGAGCAGGAAGCGUCACCAUCAGGAGAUGGAGAGUCUCGGAGAGCGGAUUCCUUGUGAUAAUACGCCGUCAGGGCGGUUUGCGGCUAGUGGAAUGAAGUCGAAAUCGCCCCGAGGGAAGAAACGCAAACGUUUGGUGGACGAUGACGAGGGCAUGGAGGACGGAGAUGAAGGCGAGCUGAGUGGAAUUUGUCGACUGCAGGACGACGACGAUCCAGACCAUGACUUCUUAGAGCGUAUUCGGCGAAUAUAUCCAGACAUUAACAGCGAGGAGACCAAACGAAAGCGGAUAGCAUUCCGCCGGGGCAUGCGGCGAUGUGCGUACGGCUUGCAGGAUGAGGAACAAUGUGUGGUGGAACAAAGUGUCCCGCCACCGCAACCGCCGGACCCUAUGGAACCUUCUCCGGAAGAGGACGAUCCGGAUGAGAUCCUCUCCGUCGAUUUGAUGACCAAUGAAGCAAUAAUGAUGGCACCUCCGGCAGUACCGAUCAUCGAUCCGGAUCCUUGCUGUUCCAAGAGUUUGAUCUCAACGGCCGAAUCCGGCUACGGAUCGAUGAUCGAAUCCAGUGAUUGUUAGAAGAAUAUUGUUUGGUCGACUGGCACUCGAAUAUAUCUCGGCACGUGUUCACAGCUUAUAUUUUGGAAGCACCCACGACAAUUUCGUUCAACACAGGUACAGAUGGGUGAAUAGUUCGUUGUUUAAAGAACAACGAUUGUUGUUCGUUCUUGGUGUAGAAUUAAGUCCAACUCUUUAGACGGUAAGCUUCAAAAAACCCUUUUUUCUUGGCCCUAAUUUUUAUUUAUAAACCACGCUUUGAAUUUUUCCCAGUACAAAACCGUACACGUAAGAAACCUAACCGUACACAUUUUUCAACAUGAGCAUUUCGCCCAGUGUAUUUUCUAAUGCCUUUUUGCAUUCGAUUUAAGAUUAAGUUCUUCAUCUUUAUUUUUACCUAACAAAGAUUCCUUAUUUACACCCUAAAGUACUAUAUUCGCUCGAAUUUAUAUUAUUUACACCCCAUAUAAUCACAAGUACAAAAAAUCUCACCCGAAAGCAUUUUUUUCGUGCUUCGUAACAUUUUCCAUUGCAAACCCACUGCAUCUAUUAUUUGUUCCAUUCUGAACUAUCAUUUAGGCGUAAGAUCGAUCAAUAGCUCCCCCUCUAGUUUACUAAAGCGAAUUAUUUAGCGUCGAAUUUCACGCAUGAAUUCCUUCCUUGACAGUUUAGUCUAAAUUCUUAGUUGUAAUUUGAACAGCCCACAAAAAAUAACACGGCUCGGCUGUUGCCACGCUUGUAGGGCAAGAUCCUAUAGAAAUCUAGACGAAAGAUGUAGAGUUUAUUGUGACAGGACUAUUUUUUGUAAUAAAAUGAUGACGAAAAAAUU